AGCUAAGAGACCCAUGGCUGUUAGUUCAAAACCCAUAAUGGAGUCUUAAACCUCUGUUAGAUCUCACCAGAGAACCACGUGGUAUAUGAUCAGAAUGACCCCAAGGAAUUGAUACUCAGCCUUUAUUUGUCUCUUCUUUCCAUGUAAUGCUCGCUUUCUCCCUUGUGGGGAACAGCACAUCUGGGAUAAAUGUUGAAGGGGAAUCACACCACCGUGACGGAGUUCAUCUUGUUGGGAUUCACGGACAACCAGCACCUGAGAGUCAUGCUCUUUGUGGUGUUUCUGUUGAUCUACCUGCUCAUCCUGGUGGGGAAUCUCGGGAUGGUCACUUUAGUCAGGAUUGAGUCCCGGCUUCACACCCCCAUGUACUUUUUCCUCAGUAACCUGGCCCUCUUAGAUGCGGGAUACUCCACUGUCAUCGCUCCCCAGACAUUGAUAGCCUUUGUAGUGGAGAGCAAAGCAAUUACAUUCACUGGGUGCGCUCUGCAGUUCUACUUCUUCUGCAUUGCUGUGUCCUGUGAGUGCUGCCUGUUGGGGGUGAUGGCGUAUGAUCGCUUCACAGCCAUCUGCAGCCCAUUGCUGUACACCGUCAUCAUGUCCAAGCGGUUCUGCGUGCUGCUGGUGCUGGGGUCGUACCUAGCCAGCUGGGUAAAUGCAACAGUUCAGACUCUAUUUAUAUUCCAUUUGUCCUUCUGUGGAUCAAACAUCAUCAACCAUUUCUUCUGUGAUGUGCCCCGCAUCCUGAAACUGGCCUGCUCUGACACCCACAUCACAGACACUGUUCACUUCACCUUUUCUAUUGUAAUUAUAACAUCUACUCUCCUGACCAUUGUCAUCUCCUAUGUCUACAUUGUGGUUGCUAUUCUAAGGAUCAACUCCACGGAGGGCAGGCGCAAAGCCUUCUCCACCUGCACCUCCCACCUGACGACCGUCGCCAUCUUCUACGGAACGGUCAUUUUUAUGUAUUUGCGGCCCAGUUCAAAGUACUCCAUGGACCAGGACAAAAUCAUCUCUGUGUUUUAUACCCUGUUGAUCCCCAUGCUGAACCCCCUGAUCUACAGCCUGAGGAACAAGGAGGUGAAAGAGGCUUUUAGGAGGAUGAUAGGAAGGUUUUUUUUCUCAGUGAAUGUAAAGGUGGAGACUUUAUUUUGA